AGAUAUUUGGAAGGGCGGACGUUGACCUGCGCUGAGCUCGUGUCGAGAGCCUUUACUGCUUAUACGUGCACGCAAUUCUCACACUUUGCUCGCUUCUCUGCUACUCACAAAACGCCGUCUCGUAAGUCCUAUUUAUGCUUCAUCCCUUUCUCUUCAUCUUCUCCGUCUCUCUCCAUCAUACUGCGUAGAAUUGGAUAUGUAUGGCGUUAAUUGGUGUACUUUCGAGUCCGAGAAUGGAGUCUAUUGAGCUCCGAUGCUUUAGUCUAACGAAUUCGCCGUUUAGACGGAAUGUUUUGCCUUUGGAUCGGAGAAAAAAAUUUCCGAUUCGUUUGAAGAAGCUCGGGAUAAAUACGACUUGUUCGCUGUCCAGCGAGGCUUUGCCUACGGUGGAUUCUGGCGGGAAGGGCAAUCUUACUGGCUCUGCUUCCUUAGAGGAUGAUUUAAGCCAUGUAACUAAGUUUAAGAUGUCGGAUUUUAAGAUUCGUAACCGUGUUAGCAUUGGCUUUGGUGGCAGGGCUGGUGAACUAGUUUUUGAAGCAGUGGUGAAGGAUCCAAAUAGUCCAUUGUAUAAGACUAGAGUUGUGCUUCGGCAACACUUCAGUGCUCAAGCAAAGCGUAGAGGGAGAAGGGCAAUUGAGGUGUUAAAGAGACUAGCUCAUAGGAAAGUCAUGUAUCAUUCUUACUCAAUGCAAGUUCAUGGCUAUGUGUGCUCAUCAACAACUGAUGAUAGCAGUUCAUUUACCCUAGUCCAUGGGUAUCAUGGGAGUCUCUCUUUGAGACAUUGGCUUCAACAAUCUGAUUGGCUCUCCACACUAGAAGCUACUCUUGCCUUGGAUGAGGAAUCUGUUAGAAGGGUGGGAGAUGAUACAGUUGGUGGCCCAGCAGUUUCCAGACAGCUGCGACUCAUUCGAAUUUUGAUGAGAGAUCUCUUGAUUGGUGUAAAUUACUUGCACAGUCAUGGACUUGCUCAUACAGAAUUGAGGCUUGAAAAUUUGCAUAUUAGCCCAGUAGAUAAGCAUCUUAAAGUGGGUAUAUUGGGGAAUGCCUCUGAUUUUUAUGGAAGUGGACUUGAGGAUACCACAUCAUCAUAUGGUAAUAUGGAUAGGCGAAACAUGAUGAUUGCAUUUGAUAUGAGGUGUGUUGGGUUCAUCAUGGCAAAAAUGGUACUAAGGGAACUGAUGGACCCACUGAAUUUUGCAAAGUUCAAAGCAUUCCUUACCAAGGCAAACAACCCAUCCUGUCUGCGUGAGUUUAUGCUACAUGCUUUUAGCCGAGAUUCGUCACCAGGAAACCUUGGUAUACAGAUACUUGACAGGAAUUCGGGUGCUGGUUGGCAUUUACUAUCCUCACUCCUUGCAACAAAUCCUAUGGAAAGAAUAAGUUGCUUAAACGCUUUGAGGCAUCCAUUCUUAUGUGGACCAAAAUGGCGGGUAAACCCAUCUAUCGAGUUGAUUAGAUGGAGUCUUGGUUCAACUGCUGUUCGAAUCACAGAGGAAUACAUUUAUGCUCACCAGCAGCGAAAUAGGCUCGCACAUUUUAUUGAACUCAUGGAGAUCUUAAAUCCUCAUUCUAAACCUAAGCAUUGGCUGGAAAAGCUUCCUGGGAAAUGGCGUCUCUUAUACUGCACAGGCAGACACAUAGGGCUAACUCUCCGGCAGCCUUCAUUUCGCGUGCUUAUUGGUGACGUGCACCUUACCAUAUCCAAAUCAUCAAAACCCAAAACAACAUUUUCAGUCUCCUCCCACAUUGGUUUCAGAGUUGUGAUUGGAAGGGACUGGCCUCACGACAAGUCUGGCGUCAAUGGAGCAUUGCAAACAGGCACUUCUUUCACACUGAGAGCCGGGAGGCGGGUGUAUCUUACAGAGGAAACUACCACAACCACAACGAAGCUACCCUCAUCAUCAACACAGGAUUCCCAGGCUUCUGUACAGAAACGGCUAUCCAGUAACCAGUGGAGAAAAGUCGUCCCUAUAAAGGAAUUCCCUUCGAGCCUCCCCGUAGCCAAACUGAUAUCGGGCGAUAUUGAGGUGGCAAUGUCUCUGGACGAUCCGCUGGUCCGGAAUGUAGAAAUGGCACAGAAGGUAGUUCAAGAAGUUAGAGUGCAAGUCCCUCCUGAAAUAUUUGAUCCUUCAAAACUUGUGUGUGGAACGUACGUAGAUUCAAGGUUGCUCGUUCUUCGUAGCGUCAAUGGUUCUGCUCUCCUUUUCACAAGAUCUUGUACGCACGAAGAAUUGUGAAUAUAUUUGUUUUGUUAACUUGUAAACAAAUUAGUUAAUAGAUUAGCUUAGCGACAUUGCAAGGAUGAUCUUUGUGGUAUCAAUUUUAAACUUUUACAGGGCUUUUGGUUAGAACUUAGGAAUUAGAGGGAAAUGGAUUGUAAUUCGGUGAGAAAAAAAUAAUAAUGUGAUGAUAAAGUAGAAAUUAAAAUUAAAAA